UAUUUUUAAAUUUUAAAUUACAAAUUGAAAGUACACAGGGGUCACUUUGGGGUCAAGGUGAAUCGAAAAUGGCAUCACCGGUUAGGAGGCUGUGCUCAAGCUCAAAGCUUAUUUUUUCCGCAUCUGUACACUGUCAGAGUGCAGCUGCAGCUAGACGGUCAAUAUGCCUGACAUCAGUGAAAUACAAAGAAUUUUACUGGAAUGACAGAUCUGACCCAAAUGAAAAGACCUUCGAUAAGAUCUUGAUAGCUAACCGUGGAGAAAUAGCAUGUAGGGUUAUCAGAACAUGCAAAAGACUUGGAAUCAAAACAGUAGCUGUCCAUAGUGAUGUAGAUUCAUUAGCAGUCCAUACUAGGAUGGCAGACGAACAUGUUUGCAUCGGUCCAGCUCCAACUAGCAAAAGUUACCUGAACAUGGAGGAAAUCUUAAAAGCUGUCAAAGAUACUGGAGCACAAGCAGUACAUCCUGGAUAUGGGUUCCUGUCAGAAAAUACUAUCUUUGCAGCAAGAUUGAAUGAGAUUGGAGUAGAGUUUAUUGGUCCAAGCAGUGGCCCUAUCAAGGCUAUGGGUGAUAAAAUAGAAAGUAAAAGAAUAGCUACUAAAGCUGGAGUUAAUAUGAUCCCUGGACAUGAUGGUGUUGUAGAAGACGUAGAAAGUUGUAUCAAGUAUGCCAAUGAAAUAGGUUACCCUGUGAUGGUGAAAGCCUCAGCUGGUGGUGGUGGUAAAGGAAUGAGAAUAGCUUGGAAUGACAAAGAGUGCAAAGAUGCAUAUAGAUUGUCAAAAAAUGAAGCUGCUUCCAGUUUUGGUGAUGAUAGAAUGUUGAUAGAAAAGUUUAUAGAUAAUCCUAGACAUAUUGAAGUACAGGUUCUUUGUGACAGACAUGGCAAUGCCUUAUGGUUAAAUGAGAGAGAAUGUUCUAUACAAAGAAGAAAUCAAAAGGUUAUAGAAGAAGCUCCAAGCACAUUUGUUGACCCUGACAUGAGGAGAGCUAUGGGAGAACAGGCCACAACUCUAGCCAAAGCAGUAGGAUAUGAUUCUGCUGGUACUGUGGAAUUUUUAGUUGACUCAAAAAAGAACUUUUAUUUCUUGGAAAUGAAUACAAGAUUACAAGUAGAACAUCCAAUCACAGAAAGUAUUACUGGUAUAGAUAUUGUAAACCAGAUGAUUAGAGUAUCAAGUGGAAACAAGUUAUUACAUACUCAGGCAGACAUUCCAAUAGAUGGUUGGGCAUUUGAAUGUAGAGUCUAUGCUGAGGAUCCAUACAAGAAUUUUGGUAUGCCAUCCAUAGGAAGAUUGUACAAGUAUAUAGAACCUAAUCAUAUAGAUAGAGUGCGUUGUGAUAGUGGUAUACAGGAGGGUAGUGAGAUCAGUAUUUACUAUGAUCCAAUGAUAUGUAAACUAGUAACUUAUGGUGAAAAUAGACAGGCAGCUUUAGAUACCAUGGUUACAGCUCUAGAUUCCUAUGUUAUUAGAGGUGUUACCCAUAAUAUUCCAUUAUUACGUGAUAUUGUAACAGAGAAAAGAUUUGUAGCUGGUGAUAUCAGUACUAACUAUCUGCCAUCAGUGUAUCCAGAUGGUUUCCCAGGUAAAGUUUUGUCAGCAGAUGAAAACAAUGACUUAUGUGCAAUGGCAGUUGCUAUAUAUAUCAAAGAUCAGCUAGUAGCCAGAAUGUUUACUAACCAAACUAGAAUCCCAAUGGAUACAAAUGCUCCUACAGAAUGGGCAUUAGUUGUUAAUCAACCAGGUGGCGAUUCAGUGUCAGUGAAAGCAACCUUGACAGAUGGACAGAUUAAUAUGGACAUUGGAGGAAGAACAAUAUCAAUAUCAAGUGACAUUAAUUUUACUACACCACUGAUAGAAACAGACAUCAAUGGAAAUCAUAGGAUCUUCCAGCUUUCACAAAGAAUGGGUGGAGGAAAAUAUAAUCUCAGAUUUUUUGGCACUGUGUUCCCUGUAUCAGUUAUGGAUGAGUUCACCAGUAAAAUGUUGGAAUACUUGCCUGAGAGGGCAGAUGCAGAUAUCUCAACACUGAUUUCAGCUCCUAUGCCAGGAAUGUUAAAAUCAGUUACAGCCGUAGUUGGAGAAUCGGUGGCUGAGGGUCAGGAGGUUUGUGUAUUAGAGGCCAUGAAAAUGCAGAACAGCCUAGUGGCAGCUAAAACAGGAAAGAUAAAGGCAGUUAAUUUUAAAGAAGGACAGACAGUUGAUGAAGGAGAUGUGAUUGUUGAAUUGGAGUGAAUUAUUGUCAGUUAUAUUUAUAAUGAUAUUCCCCUUGUGGAUCCAAGUAAAGAGGCCAUCUAGAAAGGAUUUUUAAAAAUAUUUGUUUUUCAAAUCAAAAGUGCUAUUGUGUGUGUGCUUAAGCUGUAUGCUGAAGUACAAAUCAGGGAACAAAAACAAUCUUAUGUUAGGUUUUCAGUUUAAAGUUGAUGUAUUUUUUGUAUUUUUGUUAUUUAUAAAGACAAAGGAAAGAUAAGUAAAGAUAAAUGAACUAAAAAACAUUUAUUUCAUCAGUUCAUGUCAUAAAAAAUAGAAUCUGUUUGGUACAUAUUUAUUUUGUUUGGGAAUAAAGUAAGCAUAAUAUUUACAAAAGAAUAUGCCAUAAGGUUUGUUUAAUAGUGAAUGAAGGACACUAUUUUGCAGAAAAUCUUACCUUCAGAAUUUUAAUAGAUAUGCACUUACAAGAAAUGAGUUCAUGUGAUAUAUAUAAUUUAAAAAUUAAUUUUUAAUUCAAUUUUUAAUUAUAUGGGUGUUGUAAUUCAUUAAAUUGUUUACCAAUUGGAAAACAUUCCCCUUCAUGAAAGCAACACUAUAAAGUGUAAGAAAAAUUUAUGAAUGCUGAGUGGCUGUCACUUUGUACAGAAAUAAGAUCUCUAUUUAGAUAAUUUACACUAACUUAAAGAUUUCAAAGGUGUUAAAACAUGCUUUGAUGUAUUGUCUUUUUUUUAACAUGUUUUGAAUUGAAUAUGUGGAAAAUUGAUAAUUAUUUUUUGCUUGUAAAUGGUUUUUUAAUUAUGUACAUUCUGUUAAAAUGGUUUUUUUUCACUGCCAAGACACUACAUGACAGUUUUAUUCUACUGUAAAGACAACGAUACAAAGUAUACAAGCUAAAUUGCAAUUAACUGCCAGGACAUUAAAAUGUAUAUGUAGGAAAUAAAUUGGGUAUACUUGGUUAUUCUUUUGUUCUUUUUACAAAUUCUUUUAACCCUAUGAUAUAAGAUUGCAUGAAAGCUUUUGUUUGGAAAACAGUUAAGAUAGUCUUAAUCACUGUUUGUUAUAUAUAAUAUAUUUGAAGCAAAAUAUAAAGAUAUCUGGAAAAAAGGUUAAAAUCUCUUCUGAAUAUAUAUACUUAUGAAAUAUACGUACAUAAAUUAGCCAUCAAUGAUACCAUUUCCACAUUUUUUUUUAUAGUUUAGAUAAAGAUUAUGCUGCCAACUGUUGCAAUACUGCUUGAAUAGUGCUGUCUGUCUUUUUUAUAUGACAAAGUUAGCUGUGAUACUCUGUUUUGUUAAACAUUUAUUCUUAUUUCUGUGUUAUAUAGGAUUCACUUUGUAUGCAGAAUUCUCAUAAAAACACAAUUUUCUUUAAAGUUAUAACCUAAUACUUUAAUGAAUAAAUAUGCUUGUCUCAUUCUUCAUCACAUCGAUUUAAUAAAUGGCAAAAAUCUGCUGAAUUUCAAGGAAUCAAUGUCUUCAGUUAGUGCUUACAUUAAAUACAAAUCUAACUUAUUACUUUUGUUAAGAAUGGCUUCAAUAAUAUAUCUUGCGCGAGUCAUUAGUAUUAAUGUAAUUGACGGCUAAAAGAAAUUUCAAUGAUAUGGAUAUUUUAAUUUCAUUAUUGUGUAAAAUAUCCAGAACUCAGGAAAAAUUUAUAGGUUGAUAGAUAUUGUUUAUAAAACUUGCAAUCAAAUAAUAGUAUGCUGGCAUAUUUAACUUGCCAUUCUCAGGUGUUACAAUAAGAAAUUUCUACAUUCAUUACAUACGUAGUAAUAUUGGUUGUUAGACUAUUAAAUGUAUAUAAAUUACUUCAAAGAUUAUACAUGCUUUUUUGAUAAAUCCCUACUUUAAUGAUCUGCUGUCCUAUUUAUGAACUGUACUGUUAAAAGAUUGUGCUGCCCUUACACAGGUUCGACAGUUAGGUUUUUUGAAUAAUUAAUUGGUUGUAAAAUUAGCUAAAGGUACCCAUUAUUGACUCUUUGCUGUCAAAUGUGAAUACUUGAGUACAUGUUGUUUAUCUGAUAAAGACUAUUUUAUUUUGAUCAGCUAAAGAACAUUUGAAUCAUGUAUCAAAACUGAGACAAAAAAUCUCUUUAUUGUUAUUAUUAUCAUGGAAAACGAAUCUUAACUUUUUUUUAUAUAAGAACGACUGAAAUGAUGUAUCAUACAUGAGCCAUUACUAUUUGUAUAAAUGUAACGGAAUGAUCAUAAAGAGUUGUUUAUUUGAUUGUGUACUAUUUUGAUUUAUAACAAAUUGUCAUGGCCAAAUAUAUAAACUCAUCAUAGAAACCAGGAUUAAAAUUUUUGUACACAAGACACCCCUUUUGUCUACAAACUGCUUGUCAGUGUCUCUGACCCUCAAAACAAACAAGUUUAAAGGGCUUAAUAAAGUUGAAGAGCAUUGAGGACUCAAAAUUCGAAGAAGGUUUUGAAAAUACAGCUUAAAUCUAGUUAUUUACAUAGUAUGUUGACUUUUUUUGUGCAUUAUUUGUAAUAUUAACCUGUACAGAUCAUUUAAUCAUAUGAUUAUUAUGGUACGGGUUCAAGAGGUCAUUUGAAAAUAAACAGUGUGUAGUUGAUC